AUGCUAUCCUCUGGCGACCACCACAACCACAUGAUUUUGGACUUGUGUUAUGCUCAAAGGAGAAGUUGUCUUCUGCCCAAAGGAGAAGUCUUCUUCUUCUUCGCUGCAAGCCACACAACGGAUAACAACAAUCACUACUGUGAUGCUAACCUUUGGCAACAGCGAACAAUCUCAUACACUGACGAACCACACAUGGACGAACACCAUAUGCCGGAUUUCAUCACCUAUCACAACCGAUAUCAACAUAACCACUGGCCACGGCUACUGGUCAGACAGCGACCCUAUGCCAUGGCCAUGGGUGCACCAGUGACGGAACAAGAAAUAGCAAGAGGAAGAAGACAGAAAGAAUUGAUGANCUAUCACAACCGAUAUCAACAUAACCACUGGCCACGGCUACUGGUCAGACAGCGACACUAUGCCAUGGCCAUGGGUGCACCAAACACAUCUGAUGCCAAAAAAACAAGAGAAGUGCAGUUGACUGUCAGGGAAGCUCUAAGUUCAAAGAGGGAAGAGUCACGGAAAGAUUCAGAAGCUGAAUUUUCUGAAGUCCUUGAUUAUAGUGAUGAUGACGAAGCCAACUUUGAUGCACGAAUGCGUCAGCAGAUACUUAGAAAACGGAAAGAGCUUGGAGAUCUACCGACAAAGCACAAGUUGCACAAUGAGAGUUCAAGUCCAAGGAUUCGUGAAACGUCUCCACCAUGGUCCAAUGCUGACAGUUCUAAUGGUCGACCACAAGUGGAUAAGUUGUCUUUGAAGAAGAAAGGAAUAGGCUCAGAAGCCAGAGCUGAACGUAUGGCUAAUGCUGAUGUAGACUUACAAUUGUUAGGUGCAGCUGAACGUGAGAGACGGUUGCAGAAACAGAAGAGGCGUAGACGUCAAGGACAUGAAGAUGAUGUACUGGCAAAGCUCGAGAAGUUUAAGGCAGCCAUUUCUACCCAAUCCAUCGGGUCUAAUACUGAAUCUGGAGGUGGCAAUGAUGAGGAUUUGUCUGACUGGAAGGGUGUUAGGCUAAAGUUUGCACCUGAGCCUGGCAAAGAUAAUAUGUCUCGCAGUAAUGACCCGAAUGAUUAUGUGGUGCAUGACCCUCUUUUGGAGAAAGGAAAAGAGAAGUUCAACAGGAUGCAAGCAAAGCAGAAGCGACGAGAACGAGAAUGGGCUGGCAAAUCACUUACUUGA